AUGACUGAGUCAUAUAAUUUCCUUCCCAUUACUCUCUUCCAAACCAUCAACGCCACUCAAGGUAAAAUUUCCGAAGCCCCUGAAAACAUUAGCUCUCUCAGUAAUUCUGCGUUCUAUGUCAUUGUAUUGAGCAUCUUGUUGGGAGUGCUUAUUGGUUAUGCCAUCAAAUUACGAGAUGAAAUGAAAAGAAAGCAAAAGAUUCUCUUUUUACUAACUGGAUUAUUGGUUGGAGUGGAUAUUGUUGCUUUGUGUUUCCGAAUUGUGUACAAUGGAACAUCUCUCUAUAUGAAUGGAAGGAAAUGGAUUAUGCUUCCCAAUUUGCUCGAUUUUCGAAUUGUGUUAUGGGUAUUUGCAGUACUGGAAAAUGCCUUUUCUUUUGCUACCAUAAUGACCAUUACGAUCAUCAUUGGAUUUCUUCAAGAUAUGUUCUUGACAACAGCUGCAGCAGCUAGAGCCAUAUCAAGGAAAGUAUAUCCCUACAUUAAGUGGUCACUCUUCACCGUAAACAUGGUCACGGGUGGUACUUUGGGGCUAGUGAUUGUUCUUAAUGCCAUUUUGAACUUGUUGGUGAAAAUGACACUUCUUAACAAAGCCCUAGCAGUCCCGUUUCAAAUCGUGCUUUUAUGCUUCUACUUUAUUGCCAAUGUCAUUAAUUUAGUGACUUUCACGGUUGUCAGUACUCGACUGCUUCAUGUUGUCAACAAAACAAGUUCUCAUGUAUCCACAACAAAGGAGAAAGUUCCAUUCAUGAAUCGCCCGUUCACCAAAAUAGUUGGAUUAAUGUCUGGAAUGAUUUUGAGCGCCUUUUUACAGAUAGUAGCAGCUAUUAUUGGUUUUUUAACAAGUACCUUUGCAAGUCAUUUGCAUAUGUUGGAUUACUUUUUGCAUUCUUUGGGAAUUGUCAUUUUUAGUGUUUUUGUAUUGUUAUUGUACAGCCCAUUGUGGAAUGAAAAGUGUGAAAAAGAGGCUGAGGAUCAUGUGAGAAAAACAGGAACAAAAAAGGGCCCUAUUCAACAUCAAGACAAGAAGGAGCCAGGCACCUUCAAUAUUCAAUCCAUGAAUAACUCUGAAAAGCAAGAGGAAGUAUCCACAAAAGUGUAA